GUUCCCGGCAUGCUUUUCUGCUUGCUGAUUUAUUUAAACUGUGGAGAGGGAACUAGCUCUAGUUUUAAAACGAUUACUAUCUAAUUGCUUUUGGUUUGCUAUUAUGCUCGUAAGGCUCCCUGUGUUUAAGGAAAAGAGGUUGGCUUCCUGCCUCGUCUACAGCAUGGUUCAACUCCGACUGCACUGAUCCAGCAUAAUGAUCUGGAUACUUCAAGUCUUGUUCUCACCGCUCCCAACACCGGCAUUGAUAACUCUUAUUGUAUUUGGGGUUGUCAUCUCCCUGUGGGUGAUAAGCAGGCCAAAACCUGUUUUUCCUCCUGCUGACUUGAACAAGCAGUCGAUAGGAAUUGAGGGAGGAGCCAGAAGAGCUGCAAUCUUGACAGAUAAUAACCUGAUUUCUUAUUACUUUGAAGAUGCUAAAACCUUGUAUGAAGUUUUCCAGAGAGGACUGCAUGCUUCUGGAAAUGGCAACUGUUUAGGCUACAGAAAACCCAACCAACCUUAUCAGUGGCUGACGUACAAACAGGUUUUGGACAGAGCUGAAUACCUGGGAUCAGGGCUUCUGCAGAAAGGAUGUACACCAUCAUCAGACCAAUUUAUUGGCAUUUUUGCUCAGAAUAGGCCAGAGUGGAUCAUUUCAGAGUAUGCCUGCUACACUUACUCAAUGGUUGCUGUUCCACUCUAUGACACUCUGGGGCCAGAGGCUAUUGUGUAUAUUGUCAACAAAGCUGACAUAAGCGUAGUGAUUUGUGACAAGCCGGAGAAAGCAAAGAUCUUGCUUGAAAACUGUGAGCAAGGAAAGACCCCAUGUGUGAAGACUAUAAUUCUUAUGGAUCUGUUCGAUAAAGAGCUCAAGGACAGAGCAGCUAAAGUGGGAGUUGAAAUUCUAGCACUACAGGAAGUUGAGGAGCUGGGAAGAAACAACAUCAGAAAACCAAAUCCUCCUAAGCCUGAAGAUCUUUGCAUUGUGUGUUUUACUAGUGGUACAACAGGUAACCCUAAAGGAGCCAUGCUGACACAUAAGAAUGUUGUUGCAAAUGCGGCUGCCUUCCUUAGAAGCGUAGAGAACACAGCUGAAUGUAUGCCUUCAGAUAUCAGCAUAUCCUAUCUCCCCUUGGCUCACAUGUUUGAGAGAGUUGUACAGACUGUGGUCUACAGCUGUGGAGCAAAAGUAGGCUUCUUCCAAGGAGACAUCAAAUUGCUGACAGAUGACAUGAAAACCUUGAAGCCAACACUAUUUCCAGUUGUACCGAGACUACUCAAUAGAAUAUAUGACAAGAUACAAAGUGGUGCAAAUACCCCAGUGAAAAAAAUAAUGUUCAAUAUUGCUAUGACUGUGAAGAUGGCUGAAGUAAAACAAGGCAUAAUGAGAAAUGACAGCAUUUUGGAUUGGCUGAUCUUCAAAAAAGUUCAGGAGACCAUGGGUGGAAGAGUGCGUAUAAUGGUAACGGGUGCAGCCCCUAUAUCUCCCUCUGUCCUGACAUUUCUCAGAGCAGCAUUGGGCUGUCAGAUCUUUGAAGCGUAUGGCCAGACUGAAUGUUCAGCUGGAUGCACUUUCUCAAUGCCUGGAGACUGGACAACAGGCCAUGUUGGACCCCCUCUGGCUUGUAACAUCAUAAAAUUAGAUGAUGUGGAAGAAAUGAACUACUACUCUUCCAAUAAUGAAGGCGAGGUCUGCAUUAAAGGACCAAAUGUGUUCAAGGGUUAUCUGAAAGACCCUGAGAAGACAGCAGAAGCAAUUGACAAAGAUGGCUGGCUUCACACUGGAGAUAUAGGGAAAUGGAUGCCAAAUGGAACACUGAAGAUCAUCGAUAGGAAGAAGAAUAUAUUUAAACUUGCACAAGGAGAAUACAUUGCUCCAGAGAAGAUAGAAAAUGUCUAUGUUAGAAGUGCUCCUGUAGCCCAAGUCUUUGUACAUGGGGAAAGUUUGAGGUCUUGUCUAAUAGGUAUAGUGGUUCCCGAUCACGAGACACUUCCAGAAUUUGCAGCAAAACUGGGAAUAAAGGGUUCCUAUGAAGAUAUCUGCAAAAAUCCAGCAGUGAAGAAAGCUAUUUUAGAAGAUAUGGUCAGACUGGGGAAAGAGGCUGGUCUUAAAUCCUUUGAACAAGUUAAAGACCUUUACAUCCACACAGAGCUGUUCUCUGUGGAAAAUGGACUCUUGACACCAACACUGAAGGCAAAGAGAGCAGAACUUGUUAAACUCUUCCAGCAGCAGAUUGAGGCCCUCUAUUCAAAUAUGCAGGAAUAAGUGGCUAAUUUAAAUUAAAGUGAAUGGAGUAUCCAAACAAAUCUGUAACACUAUAUGACUUAUGGAGAACACAAGCAUGAGUGGAGCAAGGAGAACUUAAAUAUAUUUGUUUCUGGCAUCCUGGGAAAAAAGACUUUCAGAUGAAGAUGGCUACACUAUGACUGGUGACUGGCAGUGUAGAAUCUCACGGGACUGCGCAUCAGAUGUCUAGACAAAGCCAGAACUUCCCUCUUCCUUGGGCUGUGAAUGAAGCACACAAACACUGAAGAGCCUCAACCUUUUCCAAGUAUGCACUUCCUACUGUUGUCAAAAGCGAAUAUAAUUUUCUUGCUCCAAGUACGAACUCCAUUCUGAACUUGUGGCUUGAUCUGCAAUCAGACUGAACUUUUGUGCAGUUGUGUUGUAGGUUUGGGGGCGAGGUAGUUCAAAGACAAAGUGUGGGAAGAUAACACUUCAGUCUCCACUCAGGAUGAUAUAACCUCAACAAACCUGUCUCAAUUUAAGCUGUCACAAUAUAAAUAGGGGCUUAACAUCUGUUCAGCAACUACAAAAUGAACUUCCUGCUCCUAGCCUUGGACUGCAUACUAUAUGUUGUUUUUAAUGAAAGUGUGAUUAGUUGGGCAUAAACUGGUUUAUGAAAUGCAUGUGUGUAAAGCAAACAUGUUUCAAGCUUUACUAUGGGAGGCACUGGAUCAUUUAUUUGUUUGUUUUGCACAUGUUCUCAAAUGCAAUGGCAAUUAUAAAGCCAAUACACUUAUGAACUUAUGAGCCUAGUAACUCAAACUCUUAAGCGUCCUUCUCAAGGAUAUAAAAUGCAAUAAAUUGUGACUACAAACUCAGACCAAAGCCUGUUUUUUU